UCCUUCUGGGGAAAGCACCUUGGGCGGUUGGCCCACUCGCCCCACCCACGGAACGGCUCUGCAGUGCCGAGUGUCGAAGACGUUUUGGCGAAUGAUAGAAGCUUAGCAGGGCGGAAACGCCGGAACAGCAUGUUGGUUAGUUUUUUGUCCGGUUAGUCCAAGUUCGGUGUCUGCAUCUUUUGUCAGCCAAUCCCUAGGACCAGCCAAAGUGAUUAGGAUGCCACGACCAGAGUCACCACAGACACGCAAUGACACUGAGAUGAAGGUGGCCGUCACCAAGCAGCUGCAGACGGCAGAAGGCCCAGUGGACAAGUUGAGGCUACUCUGUCUGCAGCGUGGCUCUACAGGAAUUCUGGGACUUGGAAGUGUGUUUCGGCGCAUGGAUGCCAAUGGCAGCGGAGACUUGUCUCGAGAAGAGUUCAUCACAGGGUUGAACCAGUGCGGUUUCAGUCGUUUCCUCAGUGAUGAGGACCUCGACAAACUCUUUGAGCAAUUCGACGCCGACGGUUCGGGAGCCAUCAAAUACGACGAAUUCAUCCGGGCUGUACGGCCACGCAUGAGUCCAAGGCGAGAAGCCCAGGUAAUGAAGGCCUUCGAGAAAAUGGACCGUUCUGGAGACGGCCAGGUCACAUUUGAGGACAUCCAAGGCAUCUACAGUGUCCACACGGACUCCGAGUACCUGAACGGCCAACGUAGUGAGAAAGAACUCUUGAGGCACUUCUUGGCCACCUUCGAAGAAGGUGGCAUUGUGGAUGGAAUCGUGACGAAGGAUGAGUUCUUGGACUACUACGCUGGAGUAAGCGCUUCCAUCGAUGAAGAUGGCUCCUUCGACCUCAUGAUGCGCAGUUGCUGGAAGCUCUAGGGCCCUCACUUAGUUUUGCCAUCUCCAUUUCCUUCAGGAUUUAACGAAAUAUCUACCACAUUGUGAUUACUUCUCAUGCGUGUAGGAAUAAAAGGCCGUCAAGCCGAGACUUUCGA